UCGCUCUAUUUGGUUUGGUGUAACUGUAAAUCGAAUAGUCCUCCGUCAAUUAAACAGUUAAUUAUUGAAAAUUACUGACAAAGAACUGUACGAGAAAGCUUAUAUCGACGAUCAGAUUAGUCAGUUUCUAACGUACGUUACGUCCCCGGCGAAAUUAUGUUACGACAACGAAUAGCUCGAUAUACUUACGGCAUACUAAUCGUCAUCUCCCUCACGUUCGCAUGAAACAUGGAGAGCAAUGGCAAAUAUAAGACACAGGGAUCCUCUGUUAUACCCCUGCAGAUCCACGCAGACGACGAGACAUUCAUUCGAGAUCGAAACCGGUACCAAUACCGGUGGACAAGGCCCCUAUGGCCGGAUAACGGACUUCGACCACAUUCGGAAUGGAAAUUAUUUAUCGUUCUCACCACAAACCGAUGAGGCCCGUACCUUAGGGAAAUUUCGCUCGCGAAUGCAGCCCACCAACAACCGGGUUGAUCGUCAGAAUCACUCUACCUGUAGCUGUUUUUUUCAAAAUGAUCAUCAUGAGCAAGCAACGGAAAUUACGAAAACCGCGGACCGCACUUUAUCAGAACCUAAACCGCACCUCGCACCGAAAAAUAUUUGUACCAAGUGCCAUGACACGCGUGGAGAAACCAGCAUUGACGAACGUGGAGCAGGAUCGGUAGUUCAGUUUUACGAAUUCUAUGAGGAGGCGGACUCCCAAAGUUCCGUGCCGUCAGCAUUUUCGGUGUCCACGGAAAUUCAGGUAUCGCAGGAUGUUUUGAAGCAGCAGAAUGCGCCAAACAAAGACUUUACACCGAAAGACGUCAUGAAUUCAUGGAUACCGGUCGGAGGAAGACCCACGAAAGGAUUGCUCCCAACAAGUGAAAACUACAUCGACGUAUCGCCUCGAGGAUUUUCCUUGCGAAAAUACUUUCCAGAAUUAUUUUUGAACGCGACGGAAAGGAACGAAAUGCGAGCCGCACAGGGUCAGGAACUUCAAGGGUGUGAUGCAGCCACAUUACAGAAAAAGGAUUGCACACAUCCGAAAUGCCUUUGUGGAAACUUCAACGAUGUGCCAAUCACGGAAGACUGGCGAUCGGGCAUUGAGAAUGUGGGAAUUAAUGCUCCUUGUCCAUGGCGCGACGAAGAGGUACCAGUCACCACAGAUGAUUGCGAAGAAAUAAGGGAUGUGAAUCAGUCAAGUGUGAAGUUGACGUCCUCUGAACGUCCACGCAAGUGGCUUUGGUGGUCUUACGAUAAAUUUAAACGCGACAGCAAUUAGUCAGACGAUCAAAAAUCGGAUAAAGAUCAAGAACAUUUGGGCGGGGUGAAAAAGUGACGAACGUAUCGAGUAAAACGCACUAUAAUUCAUUACAA